GAACCGGAUGUAGAGAGACGUUUCCGGCGGCRCAGACACGGUUGCACGUGUGUGUUUUGGGGGGUCCUUGUCGCUUAGAUCGGAAGUCAUCAUGACGUCCUUGGCUCUCCAGCUCAAGAAGCUCGCGCUGCCUCAGAGUGAUCCCAACCUGCUGAGGCGUAAAGAUGUCGCCUCGCUGCUCUUUGAUCCCAAAGAUGCUGCCACCAUGGACAGGACCACUUUCUAUGCACUUGGCUGCACAGGGCUGGAGGAGCUGCUGGGAAUCGAGUCGGCUUUCCUGGAGUUCCACAACACCCUGUUCAGCCCUGCCUCCAUGACGUUGGAGCGCAGCGUCCAGUCCAAAGAGGUCAAUGAGAAGCUGGACGCAGGAAUCUCUCUCUUCCUUACGCGGCUUUGCCCGUACUUCAUGCUGAAGCCAGCUCACAAGUGCAUUGAGUGGCUGAUUCACCGCUUCCACGUCCAGCUGUAUAACCCCGACAGCCUGCUGGCCUGCGCGCUGCCGUACCACGACACCAACCUGUUCGUCCGAGUUGUGCAGCUGCUGAAUCUCAAAGAAGCCACCAACCGCUGGAACUGGCUGSAGUGCUUACAGAAACCGGGCGUGCCACUCUCUAGAGGGACUCUGAUCACACACUGCUACUCAGACCUGAGCUUCAUGGACUUCAUCUGCACCCUGGUGACGCGGUCCAUCCAGGCUUACUCUGGACACUCUCAACGCUUCUCUCAGCUCAGAGUCAUCUUCUCUUUCUACGCCUGCACCAUCGUCCCCGCUCUGGAUGCUGUGGACAAAAUCUCUGACGCCAUCAUCGCCAAACUGCUACCAUAUGUCCAAAGGGGUCUCAAGUCGUCCCUGUCGGACUACAAAGCCGCCACCUACAUGAUCGUGUGCCAGCUGGCGGUGAAGGUGGCGAUGGAGGCCAGUCUGGUCGACAGCCUCGCCGUGCACGUCAGCAAGUCUCUGCGCAAAGAGCCCGUUCUGGCCAAGGAGGGUCUGGGCUGCCUCAUCGUGCUGCUGCAGAACCAGAAGCAGGGCUCUGUCGCUCCCAGGGCACUCAAGAGUCUGUGCUUGAUGCCAGGCCUGGUUUCCACACUGCAGGUCAUGGCGGAGAGCCAUGAUGUCGGCCCUCUGCUGGGGUACAUGCUGCCUCAGCUGGUCCACGGUUUGUUCUGCAGCAGCUCAGAUGAGAAAGGGGCAGACAGACUCAACAUGCUGGAGUCCAUCCUGAAAUCUGUCCCCCUGACCAAAGACUUGGACCGAACCAUGGCUCGUCUCCUCCUGGAAGCGUAUCUGAAUCAAACCGAGCGCUCUGCUGAGGACUUGUCGGCCCUCGACCAGCGCCUGCUGCCUGUGGUCCGACUGUUUGAGUCCAGGUACUGCCGAGCGCUGGACUCCGUCCUUGCUGGUCAUGUGAUCGACAGCGGCGACCCGCAGCAGAAACGUCUCUUCCACCAGUUCCUGACUCUGUCCAUGAGCAGUGGCAAAUUCCAGAUUUUAGAAGACUCGGACACGUCGCUGCUCCUCAGCCUGAAACACCCGCAGCCUUCGCUCCGAGUGGCGGCCGUGGAUCAUCUGAUGAGCAUCGUCACAUCUGAGCAGCGGCAGAGCUUGGAUGAAACGUUCUUGAGAGACGCCGUCGCGGAGCGCCUGAACGACGACGUUCCAGAAGUGGUCACUGCCGCUCUCAGGGUCCUGCAGAUGCUGCUGGAUGUUUUGGACCCAGAGGAUGUGGUGUCCUGGCUUCUGUCUCUGCUGCAAAGAGUUCAUCCACCAGCUCAACAGUGGACACCUGUGCUGACUGAGGCGCUGCGUUUGCUGUCCGACCCCCGGCUAGGAAAGGGGGACGCUGAGUUUCUCCAGAAAACGGGCUGGAAGCUGCUGCCCUUCCUGGUGAUCACCUCGYCCGAGGUGGGAAUUCCAGUCUCCGUCGCCCGGUCCUCCAUCUUCAGCCAUCACCCCCUCACUCUGAGCUGGGCUGAAGAGCUCCAGAACGUGACGAAGAAGAGCGCCCAAUCCGACUUYGUAGGCGUGGCCAACCAGCGCCUGGUCGCCACGCUCACCAAGAACUUGACCAGCAUGGAGCACUUCUCCAAACGGGACGCUCUGGAGAAACUGGUCCUGCUGGUGGAGCAGCAACGGGGCGCCGGACUCAGCGGGAGGCCGUCCUUCCUGGUUCUGACCCAGACUCUGCUGCUCAGCCUGGGGGAUCUGAGCGAGACGCAGCACCUGCUCACCGCCCAGAGGGUCUACACGCUGCUGGAGCCCCCCCUGCUGGACGUGAUCCGGAGCGACAACGCCCAGGAAGUCAGGUGUCCCAUCCUGGUGCCGCCCACCUUCUCCGAAGCCCUGGGCGUCUACCUGAGCCGAUGCGAGCAGCAGCCGGGRCAGCGUCUGGAUCAGGAGUUCGGCUCGGUUCUGAUCGCUCUGCUCAGGCACUUUAUCUCCUCGCUCAAGUGUCAUGACGCCUCCUUUAAAGGUGAGGCCUGGUGGAACCCGGAGAAGAUGGACGCCAACACCUGCUGCUACCUGGGCCUGAUCUGCCGCCUCUUCAGCGUCAUCAUCAGCGGCGCCGCAGAGGGCCCGGUCGCCGGCAGCUGCAGGGAGCUGAUGAAGCAGCUCGUCCAGGUUCAUCUACAGGAGCCCAUCAUACUCUUUAGGUUCCUGUGCCUCAUCUGGGGAUACGGCAGUAACCGCGGAGACCAGCUGGACGUGAAGGUGGGCGCUGUCCUGCAGACCAGAUCRCUGUACAUGGGCCGGGCUCUGAUGGAAGUCCAGCCGGCCGCCAUCCUAAACGAGCURGCAGCUCCGGACUCACCAGUYGUCCUGUCCUUGGUAUGCUGUCUCAGAUCUCCRGUUCWGGAAGUCCGGAGGGCCGCCCUSGGCACCUUGCAGAGCCUAUCGGGAGCCAGCAGCUCCCCCUUCCGCCCAAUCAUGGAGAGGCUGCAGAAAACGUCAGAGGAGAUCAUCACUGACGCGUCGUAUCUGAGCACGGUUCUCGGCGUUCUUUAUGACGAGUCUUUGUCCGGCAAAGCGAAGUCGCAACAGGGGAAGCUGGAGGACGCGCUGCAGCAGCUGCUGAACUCCUGCUGCCCGGCGUACACCGCCUGCACCCUGCUGGAGGCCCUGAGCUCCGUCAACGGAAAGUCCGUCCUCUCCAACCUGCUUCCCGCUAUGGAGUCUCUCCUGGUGCAGACUUGCCCCGACACGCCGUCCCUGCUGCAGUCCGAAACCCAGCUUCUUCGGCUCUUGCUGGGGAAGUUCAACGAGGCGUCGGCGCCCCUGYUGGCCGAGAACGAGAACUGCAUGGAUCUGUUCGUUAGAGCUCUGAAGUUGGACAGCUGUCAGAUCUUCGCUCUGGAACAGAUCACAAAGCCGUUCUUCGCGGCCCUCGGAGACGAGAAGGCGCAGCAGAAGCUCCUGUCGGUGAUGUUCGACCUGCUGGCGGAGGGCCGCAGCUCGCUGGUGGCCAACACGGUCGGCAGCGUCUUCAAAGCGAUCGCCAUCGAUGCUCAGCUGGUCGCCAACGAGCUCGCUCCUCCAGACAGACCAAAAGUCAGCGUCACGGUCCAACAAACCCGCAGGAGCAGAAUGACUCAGAGGAAACUUCAGGAGAGUGACAGUGUGUGUCCAGAGGGGGGCGCUGUGUCGUGGAAGAGAGUCACACUGAUUCUGGAAUUGCUGCAGCACAAGAAGAAGCUGAAGAGCGCCCAGGUUUUGGUGCCUGUUCUCUUCUCUCUUCUUUCCAGRAGCCUGGAGCCGAGUGCAGCCGAUCAGACAAACAUGGAGUACACCAAGCAGAUUCUCCUCAGCUGCCUGCUAAACRUCUGCAACAGGCUGUCGCCCGACGGAGGCCCUCUGGCUGCAGACAUCCUGGACCAAGAGAAGUUCAGCGUGGAGCUGGUGGUCCAGGUCAUCAGGUCGUCCGACAUGCCCCAGACUCACCACCACGCCCUGCUGCURCUGGGCGCCACCGCCGCCAUCUUCCCUGAGAAAGUCCUCCACAACAUCAUGCCCAUCUUUACCUUCAUGGGAGCCAACAUCCUGCGGCUGGACGACGCCUACAGCUUCAGAGUGAUCGAGAAGACGAUGCAGACGGUCGUCCCGGCUUUGGUCCGGGCCCAUCGCCUCCCGGACGGCUCGUCCGCCCCUGUCAUGGUUGCUGUGGUGACAAAGAUCAUGCAUGUGUUCGCCGACGCGAUGCCUCACGUGCCCGAGCACCGGCGCCUGCCAGUCUUUGAGCAGCUGUUGACAGCGCUGGGCCCCGCCCACUUCCUGUGGAUCCUCGUGCUGCUGCUGCUGAAGCUGCACGCCACGCAGAGCGGCGGCACCGGCGACAAGGACGCAGCUCUGGAGAGCGACAUGGACUUCUGGGUCACCCUGUGCUGUCAGUUUGAGGUGAACCAGCAGCUCAGCUCCCUCAUCAACAUCCUCAACUUUCUGCUGCAGCUGCCGAACGACAAGGACGAAGCCGCAGCGAAGCCGGCGGUUCGCYGCCGAGCGGCCAAGAAGAAAGAGGACGAGCCGGAGGAAAAGACAGAGGACCUGAUCUUUAGCGUGGAGACUCACAGCGGCAAAGAGCUGCGGCACUUUAAGUUCCUCUGCGUGUCCUUCAUGGCUCAGCUGCUCGGCUCCAGCAGCUUCAUCCAGAAGGUCUCGGAGGAAGGUGACGACAGCAAAGCUUCUCUGCAGCAGCUGCAGCAGAUGCUGCUGGAGAAGAUCCUGCGCUACAUCCACUCCGUGGCUCGCUGCGUGGAGGACAAUGCCGACCAGCCCACCGCCAAGUUUUGGAGAGUUYUGCUCAACAAGGCCUACGAAGUCCUGGACAAGGUGAACGCCCUGCUGCCCACAGACACCUUCAUCACGGUGAUGAAGGGGCUGAUGGGAAACGAGUUGCCGUCGGUGCGGAGGAAGGCCAUGGAGCUCCUUAACAACAAGUUACACCACCGCACCCAGUGGGACGAGGAGCAGGUGGCGUCGCUCCUUCAGCUGACCUCUGACCUGAUGAGCAUCGUCGGGAAGAGUCCCGGCAAGUCAUCCGAGGAGGCGGAGCAGGCCAUCAACCGGCAGACAGCACUCUACAGCCUCAAGCUGCUUUGUCGCACUUUUGGCUCCGCCCACAAAGACGUCUUCGUCCCCGUCCUGCAGCAGGCCGUGGACAUCAUCAUGGCGACGGCGGAGGACAAGAACGUGACGGGCAGCGCCCUGCUCUGCAUCGCCGAGGUGGUCGGCGUGCUCAAGACCCUCGCCAUCGCUCAGUUACCCAGGUUAAUGCCCGCCGUCCUGCACACGCUCAGCGACAGGAAGGAGCUGCUGACCAACGAGAUCUACCUGCUCAGCACCGUCACGGCCCUGCAGCGCGUCACCGAGACGCUGGUGCACUUCGUCAGCCCGUACCUGCAGGACAUCGUGUUUCAGGUGUGCCGCUUGACCCGCCUCACAGAGAGCUCGUCCUCUGCAACCUCAUCGUCGUCGUCAUCAUCGCCACGUUCCCAGCUCUGCCUUCGUCUGUCGUCUCUGAGGAACACGUUGGCCACCAACCUGCCCCCCAGGGUCCUGCUGCCCACCGUAUCCAGGUGUUACAGCUGCAUGGUGGAGGACAAGAAGGGCCAGCUGGCGGCGCUGAUGAGCAUCCUACAGGAGCACAUCGGCCACAUGGAGCGAGAGCAGCUCAGCGCCCACCAAUCAGAACUCACCACUUUCUUCCUGACUUCCCUGGACUUCCGGGCCGAACACUGCCAGGGCGACCUAGAGAAGGUGUGGCAGGUCGAGGGCGGAGUCAUCGACUGUCUGAUCGCCAUGGUGAUGAAGCUGUCGGAAGUCACGUUCAGGCCGCUCUUCUUCAAGCUCUUCGAUUGGACUAAAUCGGACAGCAGAGACCGUCUGCUGACGUUUUACCGCCUCUGCGACCGCAUCGCCGAGCGCCUCAAGGGACUCUUCGUGCUUUUCGCGGGAAACCUGGUGAAGCCUCUGGCAGACGUGCUGAGACAGACCAACAGCUCUAAAACAGAUGAGCUCGUCUUUGACUCGGAUCGCUCGGAGGAGAAGAACUGCCUGCUGCUCCGGUUGGUGCUCGACGUUCUCCAGAAGAUCUCCCUGUACGACACGCAGAAGUUCCUGAGCCGAGAGCGGGCCGACGCCCUGCUGGGCCCGCUGGUGGACCAGCUGGAGAACUCCCUGGGCGGGCCGCAGGUCUACCAGAACCGGGUCGUCCAGCAUCUGGUUCCCUGCGUGGGUCAGUUCGCCGUGGCGCUUGCCGACGACUCUCAGUGGAAAACCCUCAACUAUCAGAUCCUGCUCAAGACGAGACACAGCGACUCCAAAGUGCGCUUCUCCUCCCUCCUCAUGCUGAUGGAGCUGGCGUCCAGACUGAAGGAGAACUACGUGGUUCUGCUGCCCGAGACCAUCCCGUUCCUGGCCGAACUCAUGGAGGAUGAAUGUGAGGAAGUGGAGCAGCAGGUCCAGAAGGUCAUCCAGGAGAUGGAGAACAUGUUGGGAGAGCCACUGCAGAGCUACUUCUAGUGCGACGCAAUACCACAUGGAACACGUUUCAAAGAGCGACACGGAAAACACAGUUUUUCCGCUCCAAGCUGAUCCUCUUAAAGUAAAAUAGUAGUUUUUAUACAAGGAAAAUAAACACUUUGUUCGAAA